UGUCAGUUGCCAUUUUGGGACAGUCUGCAUUAAUUCUAUGUUCUAGGAUGAAAAAGGUAACAGUUUAUCAGAUGAAGAUCUGCGAGCUGAAGUGGACACAUUCAUGUUUGCGGGACAUGAUACCACAACCAGUGGGAUCUCCUGGAUUUUGUACUGCAUGGCCAAGUACCCCGAGCACCAGAAGAAGUGUCGGGAGGAGAUCAGAGCGUUCCUAGGAGAAAGAGACACUAUGGACUGGUUAGUAAUUUAUUUUCUCAUUGUAUCUCUCCUCCCACAAUGACAAGAACAUUGUAUCUUUAAUGUGUAUAAGUUGUUUUAUCUCAACUUGGGUAGAGAAUUUUCCAAUGUUUAUUCUAAGGUAGAAUAGCAAAGGAGAGCCCAGAACCCCAGACAAACUGGAUUAUUUCUCUAUAGCUGUCAUUUACACAGAUCUGGAAAAAUGCAAACACAAUGCUAAGCAUGGGUGGAUCCCAAUCAUCUCUUGAUCCUACUGGCAUGUUAGAAAUAGUUUCAACAUAUUUGUUUCUUUUCAUUAAUCAAAAGUAUUCUUAACCAUCACAAUAUGCAUGUUAACAGUACAUCCUUUGUUAAAAUAUACUGUGUUCAUGUGUGAUGGGAAAACUGGGAAGAAUUCUUAUGACUGAUUGGUAUAAACGUAUAUUAUACUAGAUACAGUUGAGAAUACAAUAUUAAACUGUCCUGAUGAUGUAUUGACUGGUUUGUAAUUCCCAGGGAAGACCUCAGUAAGAUGCCCUAUACCACAAUGUGCAUCAAGGAAAGCCUCCGUCUCUACCCUCCUGUGCCAAUCAUAUCCAGACAGCUCGCCAAGCCAAUCACAUUCUACGAUGGGCGGUCUUUACCUGCAGGUGGGUGUACAUGAUGGGUAUAUAAAGUGUAGAAGUUGUUGGAAGAGGAACAAACCGCGAUAAUUAAUAGGUUGGGGGCAGCCUCCCAUUGGCACCACCCAAUCAUUACCAGACAUCAACUGACUAGGUGAAAAGUUACACAUUGAGGUAAAUAGCAAUUGGACUUUAUUUACUUGUUUUUGUUUUUUUUCUCCUUCUGAAUGAUGGCACUUUAUAACCCCAGUGUUUGACCCUUGGACCUUGACUUGCCAGCCAGCUGUUCACUCUGUAAACCCAGUAGUUCUGAUACAAACACUCCACCUCUCUGGCAAUAUGAAGGCAUUUUAGUAUUGAAAGGGUUACUCCAAACAAACAGUGCGUCAUUAAAACACUCUUUUGGUUGCACUACUAGUAAGCUUUAGAGACCUGGUUCCCCGUGUAAAAUAAUAAAAAAUCUAAUUAAAAAUAAAUAAAUAAAGAGAACUGCACAUACAGUUUUCAUGCAUCAUGGCGACUUCAAAUCAGUGAAGUAGUCAUGGUGUUUGCAAUAACACUUUAGUUAACUCUUGGAACUCCACUAAAUUUGUACAUUUGGGGGUUUAUCUAAUAAGCACCAAAUUGUGAUAACCUGUAAACAAAUGUAAAAAAUUUAGACAAAAGCAGUCAAGCUGCGAGUUGAACAAUUUUUCCUAAACAGAUUUUUGUGCCUAAAUUUUGCAGUUUUGGAUUUUUAUUUCCAUAAAACCUGGUGUUAAGUGAAUAAACUGGUCCAAAGCAAUGCAGACUUGGCAAAUUGUGGACACUUGUGAUGUAUUGCUUCUUGGAAUGCCGUAUAGUGGAAAGAGUAUCUCAUUGCACAAAUUAUAAUUAUUAGUAUAUUUAUAGAGCGCCGUCAAAUUCCGCAGCGCUUUACAAUGGGUGGACGAACAGACAUGUAGUUGUAACCAUUCAUUCAUUGUUCAUUUGUAUGCUGUCAUUUCUGGUCACUGAAGUCCCUGAGGAAGUCCUACAUACGGACGAAACGCGUAGGACCCCUGGUGGUGACAUUCUAUAUUUUUUUUUUCUUUUUGAGCACACCCCUUUUAAUUGUUCCAUGAGAGUUUAAAAGUGGUGGAAGAACUUUUCCUGGAAAAGCAUUUAUGCUGAAAAAAGAAAUUUAUUCUCAAGGCAUUCUUAUUUCAACGAAAGUGUGAGUGGCCACUUGUCAUUUAUACAUUUGGUUUAUUCAUAUACACAGUUAUGUGCUAUGCAUUGUUCUUAUUCAUUUAGCAGAUCAACCCUUUUUUGCUACAUAUAUUCUAUUGAAGACAAGAGGAAGUCUUUGGGGAAAAUCUUACCUGAUUCAGGGAGGUUUUUUUUUCUGCUAUUUAUCUAUUGAUCACUUAUUGCACUGUGGUUUGUGCACACACAUUGCUUUUUGUAUGUAGUUGUAACCAGACAAGUUGGACACACAGGAACAGAGGGGUUGAGGGCCCUGCUCAAUGAGUUUACAUGCUGGAGGGAGUGGGGUAAAAUGAUACAAAAAGGUAAGAGUUGCAGAAGAGGAAUCAGUCAGGAGCUAUUAACUGUUUAAUUGAUACGCUUUUAAGAAGAAGUGGGUUUUUAACGAUUUUUUUUGAAGGAGUGGAGACUGGGUGAGCAUCUAACGGAGGAGGGAAGCGAGUUCCACAGGAACGGUGCAGCCCUCAAGAAAUCUUGAAGGCGAGCAAAUCUUGACUGGCCGUGGCUUUUUGCAAUGGAGAUUGAUUCUAAGACUAAAGGGGUUAUUCACUAAAUGGAGAAUUGUCAGUACUUCAAUUCCCUUUAAAAGAAACAAAUGAAAACCAAUGUGGUCUGGUAAAUGGGUCAGUCAAAUAAGAGAUAAGAAAAGGGCAUUUAAAUCAGACGUGUGUGUGUGUGUGUGUGUAUAUAUAUAUAUAUAUAUAUAUAUAUAUAUAAAUAUUACACACACACACCCCUUGCUAAAGCAAGACCAAUCCCAAAAAGGUUUUCAAGUAUGCUAAUGCCAAAAAAGUGGUGUUGGUCCAUUGGAAUCUGAGCUUGUAGAGUUCAUCAAGGAGGAUAAAGACAAGACAGAAGUAAUUGCUUUUCUUCAAUAUAUAAACCUAAAUAAUCUAUGGUUGUAGAUUUGCAAAUCCCUGUCUCAAAAGCCUUAUAGAAAAUAGGCAAUUGGUUAACACAGGAUAAGGUGUUACAAAAAUAAAAUGGUUAAUUUAAAGAAAACUCCAUGGCCAGAUGGUAUUCAACCACUAGUGCUUAGGGAGCUUACUAAAGAAAUAUCCAUAGCACCAUCCUUAAUUUCUUUCAGGAAUUGUACUACAGGAUAUUUAAAGUGCGUUAAAAACCUCAACGCAGAAACUACAGCUCUGUGAGCAUAACAUAUGCUUUUGCAAAAUGAUUUGAAGAGCUAUUAAGUGAUAAUAUUCAUUUUUGAACAAUAAUAGCAUUAGCAUGCAUUAACUUGGGUUUAUGAAAGACCGGUCAUGCCAAACUAACUUAAUUGCAAUCUAUAAGACAUUUAGUAGAAAUAUAUAAAUCAGGGUGGUCCAGUAGAUGCAAUAUAUCUGGAUUUUACCAAUACAUUUGAUACUGUUCCACACAAAAGGUUACUAUUAAAACUAAAAUCAGUUAGUUUUUUUUUUGUUUGUUUUUUUUAUAAACCAUCUGAAAGAUAGUGUAAAGAGUAGUUGUAAACGGAAAAUGUUCAGUGUUCUGUCCUGCAUCCACUUUUCCAUAAUCUAUUUGUAAAUGAUCUUGAAGUGGGUAUUGAAAGUCAAUUAUCGGUGUUUGCAGAUGACACAAAACUAGUUAAGGAAAUAGUCUAAAUUUGAUAUAAAUACAGAGAGAUUUGGAUAAAUUGAGGGACUGGGCAGGCAAGUGUUAGAUGAGAUUGGAUGCAGAUAAAUGUAAACUCAUGCACAUUGGAAUAUGGAACCUACAUGUCAUUUAUACAUUAAAUUAAAUGGACUUGGAGGGGGGGGAGGGCGGGGGGGGAGUAUAGAUCACAAACAAGACAACAGUAUGCAAUGCUGGUCUUCUGUUGCAAUAGCUAGUAGGAUGCUUUUGAGUAUGAAAAGAAUAUUGAUUCACGUGACCAAAAUAUAAAUUUGCCUCUUUAUAAAUCAAUGGUAAGACCCCACCUUAAAGGUCUGGAACAAUUCUGGGCACCUAUUCUAAAGAAUAAUAUUGGAGAACUACAAAAGUGCGAAGGCAGACUACAAAUUUAGUAAAGGGAAUGGAAAACCUUAGUUAUGAAGAGACUCUAGAAGACUAGAGAAACUGAAUUUGGUUUCUAAAGAAAAUCAAAAAGCUUCAGAGGGGCUAUGAUCGCACUAUACAAAUAUGUGUGUGUGUGUGUGUGUAAUAAAAAUAAAUAUAUAUAUAUAUAUAUUUAUCGUGGCUUGAAUUACUUUUUUGCAAAAACAGAAUAGUCAAGGAUAUAACUGAUGUGUGUAAACAGGUUGUUGAUCCAAGGAUAAUUCUGAUUGCCAUUAUAGAAUCAAUGAGGAUGUAUUCCCUUUUUUGUGGCAUAAUUAGAAAUGGUUACAUAGCGGGUUUCUUGCCUUUUUUUUUUUGGGGGUUAUCAACAGCAUAAAAGAAUGGGAUUCAAGUUUGAACGUAAUGUAAUUAUUUAUUUUUAGACUUUUUAUUUUUAUUUUGACCUAGACAUGUAAUGAUUCUCCCUUUUUUAAAUAGUAUAUUAUCUCAUGUUGCAUGCUAUGAUUCUGUUUAUUGUGAGAGCAGUUAAUUAGUUACCCACAGUAUGUAAUGAGUGUGAUUGGGACAGUAAGAAUAAAGGUUGAGAAGUCUACUCUAAGUGUAUAAAGGUUACGAGACUUUAAAUAAACAGCAAAUAUUAACAGCCAGUUUGUCAUCAUGGCCAUGUUUACAAGUGUGACGAAUUCCCUAUCUUUGAAUGAGAGGCUGUUAAGUAACAAAAUUAUUUGAUAUACUCCAUAGGUCUCAGGUGUCUGUAUACUGAACUAUCUAUUUCAUAUACCAAACAAAUUACCGAAUGGCCACACAACCCAGGGCAGGCGUGUGCUGCUCAUUAAUCUCUUUCACCUUUGUUCGCACCUCUGUAAACGCAAUUAUAACAUUCUGAGCGGUCGGCUGGGUUGUCGCCGUUCAUGUGGUGAAACACACGGCGGCCAUCUUUAGCCGCGAACACAUACAGCGGUGUUUUGUCGUCGAGUACACGGAAAUAAAAUCGGCCACUCGAUGCUAGAACUUCCACAGAAGUUCGGUAAAAUACAUGAGAACCGAAUGGCAUUCGGUGGGAGCAAGCUCCCCAACAAGAUAUAAAGACUGACUGUAUUCAAAAAUGGUUAUGUUUGGUACUUUUUGUUAUGUUUGUCAUUCCUGAAAGAGACCGACCACACAGUCUGAUUUUUUUUUUGUGGAAUUCUUUUGGGCAGGAGCCUCGUGUGCGGUUGGUCAAACUGAGACUUCCAUGGAAAUGUGUCAGGGUGUGUAUCCUUAAGUGUGUCAGUGAAUGUAGCAUAUCUGUAUCUGCAUGUGUGUCAGGGUAUGUAUCUGUAUGUGUGUCAGUGCCUAUAUAAGUGUCGGUGUUGUAUCUGCAUGUGUGUUACUGUAUCUGUGUGUCAGUGUGGGUAUCUUUGUCUGUAUGUGUGUCAGUGUAUGUAUCUGUGUUUCACUGUAUCUGCAUGUGUCAGGGUAUGUAUCUUUGUGUCUGUAUAUAGGCAUGUGUCUGUGUUUGUGCGUAUCUGCAGGUGUAUCUGUAUCUAUAUGCAGUGGUGUAUCCUGGUUUUGUGCUGCCCUCGGCAGGACAAAACUCAGGCACCUCCCACCCGCGCCACUGCCACCCAACCCCCCCCCGCUUCUAAAUACAGACACACCCUAACAGGCACACACUCACAUUAACUUUUUUAUUUUUUUUUAUUUAACCCCCACCAAGCCACCUUACCUUUGGGAAUGCUGGGGGCGGGGUCUCUUUCUCCCUGGGGGUCCAGUGGCUACUGAGCUGGCUGGCGAGGGAGCACUUCCUCGGAGAUGUCUGCUCUACUCCCUCGCGCGCCACCCGCAGAGUGAGGCUGGGAGCCGGAAUAAAACGUCAUAUUCCGGCUCCCAGCCUCACUCUGCGGGAGGCGCGUGAGGGAGCAGAGCAGACAGCUCAGAGAAAGUGCUCCCUCGCCAGCCGCCCGCCAGUGCCGCCUGACCGACCAGCGUCCGUCCGGAUUGUCAGUUAGCAGCAAGGCUAACAGGACAUUUGCCCUGGGCAUUUGGAGGUGGCUUUUUUUGCCGCCCCCUUGAAAAUGCUGCCCAAGGCAAAUGCCUUGUUUGCCUCGUGGCUGAAACGUCCCUGCAUUCCAGGCUGGCUAAUAACACUGCCAGAGGUGGAGUUACAACUCCGGCAGCAAAGAGUUCUGACUCUGUAUGUUGAGCGUUUUAAACUGAACUACUGCACAUACAGACUGCAAGUACUGACCGCUGAAUUAAUGACAUGUUCGUGGCGUUUGGAGUUACCUUUUAAUUAGCAUCACCAUGAGAAUAAAAGUACAAAUUGCAUAAAAUACAGAAAUAUGACAUUGUACUUGGUGUUGGAGAUCAGUUAUGUAAUUUUUUUUUUUUUUUUUUUUUUUUUUACACACUGAGCUCUGCAGUGCUGCACUGUGCAUACUGUCUGCACUACAUCCUACACAUCCCAACUGCAUUAGGAAUCUUAUUGUCCAUAUUGGCCACCACCAAUACCAUAUUCUACUUUGUUGGUCAAUUGAAAAUGUUAUUGCUUUUUUUUUUAAUAAUGGACAAGUACAAGUUUUUAAUACUAUAUUUUCAAUCUCAAAACUGAUCUCCAACAGGAUGUAAAAUAUCCUUUUCUUAGUCGCCACCUCUAAUCUAAUGUUUAUUUCCUUACAGACUCGCAGUGCGUAAAGAUUGGGGUGAACCCCAAGGUCAAUGGUAGAUUGGUCAUAGUCAGUAUUUCCAUAAUUUCUAAAGAUGUUAAUGCUUUGAACUGAGUUUGCUGUACAUUCUUCUAGAGAAAGAGAAACGUUUGUAUGAGUAUUAAGGAGUUAUGUGACAAUGGCUGCCUCCCCAUGUUAUCAUUGCCUAUUAAAACCGCAUGUAAAACCGAUCUGGAAACUAUUUAUUAUGCACACAUUGACAUUUUCUCCUCCUGGUGCUAUUUUAUAUUUUUCAGGCACUGUAGUAUUGGUAAAUAUUUAUUGCAUUCACCGGAACCCCAAUGUGUGGAAGGACCCUGAGGUACUAUUAUUUAACUAUUUGUGAAUUCUCUUAUCGAUAUAAUUAUUACAUCGUUUUCACUUUUCUGUUUGUGUUUUUUUUGUUGUUCUUGUAAGGUAUUUGAUCCUCAAAGGUUUUCCUUAGAAAAUUCCUCCAAUAGGCAUCCUCACGCUUUUGUGCCAUUUUCUGCAGGACCAAGGUAAAGCACAACAGGCAAAAUAUUACAUUUUUUUUACAGUUUAUAGAGCGUUUAGGGAUGUUAGGGAUGUAUGAUGCAAUCUCGAGCACACGAAGCAUGAUCCUUUUGGUGAUAUUCUUAGUUUUCUGCCUGUACCGUGCGUGUAUUAAAAAAAUAAAAAUAAACGCAUUCCUAACUUUUCUUCAAGGGGCGGCAAUUUUGGUGUGAAUAAUUUUACAAAGUGCAACACACUUCUACAUUUAUUAUUUUUUUGUUUGUUUGUUUUUGGGGCGGGGCUUGUGUUAUUUGUUUGAAUUAUUUAUAAUAAUUUUGCAUAAAACCUAUUCGUUCAUUUUAAAUAUAUCUGUAAGGCAUUUAAAGAUUGUUCUGACCACAUAGACCGUACUAUAGAAUGUAAGAUAUACAAUAACACUACUUAUUUUGAAAUAAUAUACCUGUAAUCUCUUCUUUUUAUGCCAUGUCUCAGAAACUGCAUUGGACAAGCCUUUGCCAUGAACGAAAUGAAAGUGGCCGUGGCUCUGACACUAAACCGGUUUGAGAUUUUACCGGAUCUUGCUAACACCCCUUUGAAAUUACCACAAAUUAUUCUGCGAUCCAAGAAUGGCAUCCACGUGUACCUAAAGAAAGCAAGCUGAGUCUGCAGUCAGUCCUAUCAAAGCCUGUAAAUCACGCCUCACGCUUGCCAUCUUAACAUAUUCUACCAGAGCUUCCACCCAAACAGAAUACACUUUAUUUUCAUACCUGAAUCCAGUCACUGUACGUCCCAUCUGUGCCAUACAGUGUGAGUGAAUACAGUGCCAGCUCUGCAUCUCAGAAAUUAAGAAGACUCUAUGAUUAACAAAUAUCCUGAACUGAGAUGGAACCCUUAGCAAGAUCUGCAUAGGACGUUACCACACAUUCUUAGGAAGAAGAAUGCUUAGUUGUGUUAUAGCCCAGUUUGCACACUUGUUAGUUAAAACAGAAACUCCACUGCACAAAUGAAAAAAUAAAAAAAAUCUAUAUGGUAGAUAUUCUACCAUGAAAACAUGUAUGCUCUUAAUUAUACAUUUAUUUCACUGGGGUUACAGCUAAAAACAUCUUGCAAAAGCUGCUGGUCUCUUGUCUGUAGCCUUUGCAAUCCCUCCCCUUCUAACCCCGCCCAGACUUUCUCUGGCUGUCCAAUCACAGACUUCCCAAUGCAGCUCAAUGAGAAGUCUUUGCGAAAUAGGUGCUCUGGGCAAUUGUUGCCUCUUGAGUUUAUCUCCACUGAGCGAAACAAACCAGAAAGUAACAGGACCACUUGUCUGUUUGGGUGUAACAAGCUUAGUUUAUGAAACUGCACAUUUCUAAUUAACACAUUUUGCAAAGUGAAAAAAGAGGAUACCCUCUUCGCACAUAAAGCACUUAAGCUAAAGUGCUUUAACAGAAAAUGAACAUUAUUCUACUUCUGCUCAUUGAUUAUUCUAACGUAAACUGUUUAUUUUGCCAUACACCAGUAAAUUGUAAUUAACAUGUAUUUUGCAAUGUCAUAUCUACAUUAUCUUAAACUAUUUUUGUGAUUUACCUUUAUUAAACAUUAAUGAAUACUGUACCCAUAUAUUAAAAUGAUAUUGUCACUGCAUGUAGCAUCUCGCAUUUAGUUAUCUCUUAUUUAUCAAAUAAAAUAAAGUUCAAGAAAUACAAAUUACUAUUAAACCUGAACUGCCAGGCUGUAAACAAAACGUUUCUCCUCUAGACUAUAAGAGAAGCUAUACAGAUAUAGAAUUAUUGUAAAUGGU